AUGCCAAUAGGAGGGUCGUCGUCGUCACAGAGGCGACGCCUUGCAGCAGAGGCUGCCAGGAAACCAAGAGUUGUCUUUCCGACUUUACUGCAACCAGAUUCAGAGGACAGUGUGCCCACUAUGAGUAUCGCCGAUAGCGCACUUCUGAGGGCGACGUUGGUUCAGUCACGGCAUUCCUGGACACAUACAGCCUUCACUCGCUUCAUUCCAGAACCACCCGGACGGGGACCAGGAGGGAAAAAGUUUGCCUCCGAGUUGACGCCAUCAGGAGUAUGCACCGUCUGCAUCGGGCCUCAUAUGUUUCUCGACACAAAGUUCUUCAGCAUCUACAACCCACUGCCACCACCAGUUGUUCCGUCUUCGACUCCCAGCACGGCACCCAACACUGGCACGACGACACCUACAUCUACAGAUCAAGUGGCCGACUCGCCAGCUGCUACCCCGCCUCCUGUUGUUUUGGGCGGGUCGCCUGCACCAGAACGUGUUAUUGAGUUGAUCAUGGCAAGGACAGCUAAUAUGGCUGCCGAGGCGGCGGCUGCGGGAGCUAUUCCAGAGUCAUUGGGGCUCACGCCGAUGGAUAUUGACACCAACAUUGGAGGUAGCAGCAGUAACAGCAGACCACCUGUGAGUUUAUCAAUGGAACCAACCCAAUCACCCACGACUGCGGCGUCAGCAACAAAGGAGGAGGAACCGACAGCAUUGACGCAGAUCAAGACCGAAGCCCAGGAAAAGAGCAUUCCUACAUCACAGGUGUCUUCCCCAGCAACGCCGACAGCUCCGAACACCAAGGGAAAGACAUUGGCAUCACGGGCGCAGCGGCCGAGAUAUCAAGUGGCGUUCGAGUUCAAGGAGAACCCCAACGUGCGGUGGUUGUUCCCACACGAGACCUCGCUGGAGCGAACACCACCGGAUGGGGACGUGCCAGGCAAGAUUUCAGCAUCGUUCUUCCUCCCGACAAUGGAGGAGGCUCGUGGAGGAUUGGCAGGAACAGCACCUGGUGCGAUACCGCCGCUGGUUCCAGGACCUGGUCAGGCGACAACAAUGGUUAUCUUGCAGGCGACGACCGAGUUGUGGACAGGACUCACUCAAUCGAUUAAUGACUCGGCGGCAACCUAUCGCUUUAUGAUGGACAAGUUGAAGCAUAUACCCCCUCGACACUAUGUCCAGUACAAACUCCCUGUCGACUUUCCGGAUGAACAACUUCACCCCAUGGGCUUGAAAAAACUUCCUGACAACAGAGUUGUGCCACUGACCAGUCUGCAGCCCUCGAAGCGGAAGUCAGAGCUUUCUGCGGAAUCGCAAACACCAAUCACUAAGGCAAAGAAGCCCAAGGCGGGACAGGAAGAACCAGCAGUCAGCAAACCUCCUGCACCGGUCAAGAAGGCUCCAGCUCCAGCACCGGCACCCACACCGGUAUCAGCAGCAGCGUCGACAGCUUCGUCGUCAAACCAGAAAAAGUGCAGUUACUGUGACAGUGUAUCGACACCAAUGUGGAGACGAGGCCCCAAAGGCCCAGGAACUCUUUGCAACGCUUGCGGAGUCAAAUGGAAGCAUGGCAAGAUCCUCGAGGAUGCUUCGGAAAAGGCAACGGCAGUCGCCAAACCAAUAGUUACAGCGCCGGUGGUGGUAACACCUCCGACGAUGUCCGUAGUGACACCUGCUCCUGUCAGUGCAGCUUUAACUGGAACCGCUUCCUUGACGACAACUGCAGAGGCGGCCGCACGGAUGCAUCACGGUUUGUCUACGGGAUCUAGCGAGACCGUUGGCCCGGAGGUCAAGACCGGGAGCAAAAAGCCGGUUGUUGGGUCAAGGAAAAAGGAUUCGUAUGCAUCUGAGGAUUCGAGCGCAAGCGAUGCUGUACGGUCGGUCGAGGGUGACAAGGGAGAGACCAAGACUGGAAAAAAGCGGAGCGCCAGCAAAGCGGGAUUGUCAGGAUCGCCCGGCCCUAAGUUGGUUCCUAUCAAUCAGCUCGGCGAGAAGCAAGCAGGAAAGUCGAGCACAAAGAAGGACAAAGAGAAGCCCAAGCCCAGACCCAAGGAGAAGGCCACCAAGGAGAAGGUUAAGGAAAAAGAGAAAGACAAGGGCAAGGAAACCGUGAAGGAAAAGGGCAAAGAUGGCGACAAAGAUACUGCCAGGUCUGACGACAAAACGCAGGACCCUGCCACCAAAGCCGAAAAGGAUCAGAACAAGGACGGCGGGAAGGAGAGUUUCGACGAAAAGGAUACUGAGAAGGACAGAAGCAAAGCACUUGAUGCCAAGGAUGGACAGCUACCAGCAGUCAAGACGGAAGGAUCCACUCAAUCGAGACCCAGUUCACCUUCAUCUCAGGAGACGCCUACCAGCAUCAGUUCAUCUGUGACUGCAAGCCCUACUGUCCCUGUUCCUAUAUCGAGCUCAGCUUCUGCGACGACAAAGCCAGCAAUGACUGCAUCCGCUAAAGCAACUACCGCCAAGUCAACGACCGCCAAGGCUACGAGUACAAAGGCCGCAGCGACCCCCAAGACCCCCAAGGCAAAGGCGACUGCAGCUGCAGCAGCGUCAACAACGACAAGCGCAACAUCCCCAGCUUCAGCUGUAAAGCCGACGGUAUCGACUGCUACCACAGCCGGAGCCAAGCUGGAGUUGCUCAGGUCAUAUGCGGGCGCUGCGACCAAGUACCAAGCCACGCAUGCGCCGGCAGUUGCGACGGCACACUUGGCAGAUGAUGGACUUGCGUUGUAUGCGACCAAGAACCUGUACACCAACAACACUGCGACGUUCCCACUCCAUUUCCCAACCAUUUCGGUUGCGUUUGGACCGAACAACGCAUACUACACGUAUCCGAACUGUGCUGUGGUUCUGUUUGAGAACCACUUUCAGAUCAAGCUGAUUCACGGCGGCGAGCGAGCGGAGAUUGAUGUGGACAAGGAAGGGAUUGAAGGAACCGAGUUCCAGGUCAUUGAUGUCGGUGACGGUGAGAGCAUGAUUGUCAUGAAAGCCCUUCUUCGACAACACCUCUCUCGGUUUAACAGGGAGCUGCUGAACCCGGACAAGAAUGAGAACUCGAUGGUGUUCCGGUUUAGGGAGCGGCUUGAUGGCGGUGGUCCCCCGGUGAAGCCGUUGCUGGAGCAGUGGUUGACCACCGAGAUCCCCGUUGCUGGCGCUGGUAUGAAGUCUGGGCUUAAGAAACCAUAG